AUGCGGCAACACUUUGCACUUCUCCUGUUGCUGAAAUGUACGGUAGGAUACCUUGGACCGAAGAUGGGGCUGCAGAAUCAGUGCGACGAUGGGAAAACAAAUCUUUCUGUUGACUGGAAUCCGGAGAACUUUUCACUGUAUACAUGCAUGAGUGAGCCAUAUCCUCUGCAAAUGGGUACUAAGCCAUAUUUCUUCUCCAUCCAGUCGAAAGAUGCAUCUUUUGAUCCGAAAAAGGAUGUUGUAUAUCACAAGUGUAUGUCUGAAACAAUAGAAUACGAAGAUGUGCCACCGUUGAGAGGAAAUCACAGGCCUAACUGGGCUCGUUAUGGUGAAUACCUGUACGUACCUGAGCAGCGAUGGCUUCACAAUCUGGAGCAUGGCUCCAUCAUUCUUCUGUAUCACCCGUGCGCUGACCGAGCUGAAGUACAAAAACUUCGUGAUAUAGUAACAAGCUGUUUGUAUCGCCACGUUAUAACCCCUUAUAACAAGCUGAGCAAAGAAAGACCGCUCGCUCUGGUUGCUUGGGGUGCAAAAUUGGAAAUGGGUAUCGUUGAUGAACAAGAUGCCAUCCGCUUCAUAAGGGAACACGCUCGUAUCGCUCCAGAGGAUCUCUCUAAGGAUGGUAUUUAUGACCAGUUCCUUAUACAUCCAGCUGCCGUUGUCUCUGAUGAAAUGGACAAUAACCUUUGCCCAUCGCUGUGA